AUGAAGAAGUUUCUGCAGAACAAGAAAGGCAGAUACUCCUUUCGGCAGAGCAAACGGGGCUCUCGGUAUCCGACUAAAGAUUUCUUCCUCGGCAUGCCGACGUCCAACCAGGGCUGGCCCGAGGAGUUCGGCUUCCAGCUGGGCGGAAACGGGCCCAGCUACAUCCUGACGGUGGAGGAGGGCAGCAGCGCCCACCUGGCCGGGCUGCAGGCCGGGGACCAGGUGCUGGAGAUCGAGGGGCACAACGUGUCGACGCUGGGCCCGCAGGCCGUCAUCGCCAUCGCCCAGACGCAGAAGAACAUCCCGCCCAGCAUCGGCGUGGUGUCCCGCAUCCAGCAGAUGGACAUCAUCCCGGGUCCAGACGGCCGCUUCGGGUUCACCAUCGUCGGGGACUGCCCCCUGCUGGUGGAGGACUGCUCCCCCUGCUCUCCGGCCGGCCGCGCCGGCCUGCGGGCCGGGGACUACGUCAUGGAGGUGAACGGGAUCCCCGUCCGGCACCACGAGAUGGCGGCGGCGCUGAUCAAGGCCUCGCAGGGCAGGACGCUGCGCCUGGGCGUGCUGGGCCUCGGCCCGCGGCAGAAACACAGCUUCAGCGCCGAGGACGGUCAGCCGGGAGGAGAGGGGGCCCGGCUGGACCGCAAGCACAAGGCUCUGGAGUUCAACAGGAAGGUGGAGCAGAUUCUAGGCGACGAGCCGGAGGUGAAGGAGAAGCUCUUCAUGGUGCUGAAGCAGUUUGCAGCUGAGAAGAGGGUGGAGUGGCUGGCCGCCGUUCUCCCGGAAAUCCUCACGACCGACGAGCACCGGCAGCUCAUCUCCAGCAUCAGAAUCUUCAUCCCCAAGAAGCACCGGCAGCGCUUCGACGAGGCCGUCAACCAGAACGUCAUCAACCGGCUGUGCCGCAGCAAGAGCAUCAGCGAACCGCAGGGCCGGAUCCGCCGCAGCCGCAGCGAGGACCACUCGGACCGCCACCGCGGCUCCAAGCGGGCCAGCUCGGUGCCCAGGGACGGCGGCGAGCCCGGCGAGAGGGAGCGCGGCGGCGAGAGGGACCGCGGCGCCAGGAAGUCCGUCUCCGGGAUCCCGGCGCAUCCCCCCGUCGGACCCAACCAGAGGAUGGUUCGUGUCUACAGGGGGAAGAAGAACUUCGGCUUCACGCUGCGGGGUCACGCUCCCGUCUGCAUCGACUCCGUCAUCUCAGACAGCCCUGCGGAGGAAUGUGGCCUCAAACCAGGAGACCGGAUCCUGUUCCUCAACGGCCUGGACAUGAGGAACUGUUCCCACGAGAAGGUGGUGUCCAUGCUGCAGGGCAGCGGGGCGGUGCCCACGCUGGUGGUGGAGGAGGGUCCGUCCGAAUACUCGUCCGAGCCGACCGACCCGGAGGAGUCCCCCGGCCUGCCGCCCACCACCAUGCCUCGCUCCAGGUCUCCGGCGCUCAGCUCCCUCCAGUGGGUGGCCGAGAUUCUCCCGCCCAGCAUCAAAGUCCACGGGAGAACCUUCAGCCAGCAGCUGGAGCACCUGCUGACCAUCCAGGAGAGAUACACCGUCUGCAAGGCCCUGGAGACCUUCUUCCAGCACAGGAACGUGGACACCCUGAUCGUGGACGUGUUUCCGGUGCUGGACACUCCGGCCAAGCAGCUGAUCUGGCAGUUCAUCUACCAGCUGCUGACCUACGACGAGCAGGAGCGCUGCCAGAGCAAGCUGUCGCGCUUCCUGGGCUUCAAGAGCAGCGCCGUGCUGGAGCCGGACGGAGCGGCGGAGCACCACCGCCGCAGCAGCUCCAUGCGCGUGACGGGGACGUCGUACCGCAGCAGCCUCCGGGAGCGGAGCUCCGACGACUGCAUCAUCGGGACGCACCUGGGAAUGGGAAUUCAUGUUGAUGAAUCUGGAAACCCGGAGGAGAGACAGUCCGGAGAUGGAACGUCCUUCCCCGAGUCGCCCGACCUCAACCAUAUGACAGGCGUGUACACGGAGCUGGAGACCGUGUACGCUGGGAAGAGUGUGUCGCCGCUGCAGGGCGGCUCCUCGGCCGAGCCCGAGGCGCCGGGACAGCCCGAGGGCUACAGCCGCCCUCUCUCGCCCCUCACACUCCCCCCGCUCACCGGUAAUCUUUCAGGUAACCGCAAGUCCGGCCUGACGCUGUCCUGGAAGGAGCCGCUCCCCACGCCGGUCUAUGAGAUCCACCACCAGAGCAGCGUGGACUCCAACCCCUACGUCAGCCUGGAGAGCCCCCCCGCCUCGCCGCAGCACUCGGACAGCGGCGGCGGCGGCGGCGGGCCCAACACGCUGACCCGGCGCCGGAAGCUGUUCACCUUCUCCCGGCCGCCGCGCAGCCGCGACACCGACAAGUUCCUGGACGCCCUGAGCGAGCAGCUGGGACACCGAGUCACGCUGGUGGACGACUUCGUCCCCGGAGAGAACGACUACGAGGAGAUUUAUCACGGUGGUUGUCAUGGUUACAGAAGAGGAGGUGUGCCUAUGAGUUUCCAGGACGACCAGGACGCGGGCUUCAUCCGCCGCCAGCUGAGCAGCGGCAGCAGCGAGGAGCACAGCAGCAGCGAGGAGGCCUCCUCCCCGUCCUACUCCUCCGAGCCCGAGCCCAUCCCGCCGCCCCCCACCCAGAGCCCCCCGCCCCCGCCGCCCUUCCAGGCGCUCAUCCCGCCCCCCGUGCAGUUCACGGACACGCUGCCGCCCGUGCGCUUCUCGCCGGAGCACGUCCCCCGCAGCCGGAUGCCGUUCCAGCCGCACCACCCCAUCCUCCCGCCGCCCCCGCCCCCCCCGCGGACCCUCCUGUCCGGCCGCUCCCCGCUGCACAAGGCGCUCCCGGGCCGGGAGGAGCCGGAGAAGACCCACCAGCGCUUCCAGGGCGGCCCCGCCCGCCCACCGCUCGGCCACGCCACCACCCUGCGCUCCUCGCAGCCGUCCCGCCCCUGCUGCCUCCCCCGCCAGCUCAGCCAGCCGCAGCCGCUGCGCCAGACCUCCCCCCAGCCGUCCCCCCAGCCGCUACGGCCCAGCCAGCUGGUCCUGCAGCGCCACCACCAGCUCCACCACCAGCACAGCUACCAGGGCCCGCUGCCGCCGUCCCUGCAGGAUCACGGCCCGCCGCCGUGCCAGAGCCACGGCCCCGCCGGGCCCCCCGCCGGCCCCCAGCCGCCGGCCCCCCACUGCUCCUCCCUCCCCAGCCACUCCAAGACCUACGAAGGCUCUCGGCAGGACCAGCAGUCCCAGCAGGCUGCGCCGCCCCCGCCGCCGCCGCUGCCUCCCCCCUGCGACCCGCCUCCGCUGCCCCCGCCGGGCCAGCAGGCCUCCGACGCCAACCACAUGAGCGUGAAGCGGCUGCGCUGGGAGCAGGUGGAGAACUCCGAGGGGACGAUCUGGGGCCAGCUCGGGGAAGACUCGGAGUACGAUAAGCUCAGCGACAUGGUGAAGUACCUGGACCUGGACCUGCACUUCGGGACUCAGCGCAGACCCAUCUCUCCUCCAGAGCCGGCCUUCCUGCCCGAGAACCUGAAGAAGAAAGACGUGGUGGAGAUCCUGUCGCAUAAGAAGGCCUACAACGCCUCCAUCCUCAUCGCCCAUCUGAAGCUGUCCCCCGCCGAGCUGCGCCAGGUCCUCAUGAACAUGACCACGGACCGGCUGGAGCCGGCCCACAUCAAGCAGCUGCUGCUCUACGCCCCCGACGAGGACGAGGUCAAGCAGUACGAGCAGUUCGACGAGGACCCGGCCAAGCUGAGCGAGCCGGACCAGUUCAUCUUCCAGAUGUUGAUGGUGCCGGAGUAUAAGAUGCGCCUGCGGAGCCUCCACUUCAAGACCACGCUGCAGGAGCGCACGGAGGAGAUGAAGGUGGCGUACGACUACAUCUACAAGGCUUCGGUGGAGCUGAGGAGCAGCAAGAAGCUGGCCAAGAUCCUGGAGUUUGUCCUUGCGAUGGGAAACUACCUGAACAACGGGCAGCCCAAGAGCAGCAGGACCACCAGCUUCAAGAUCAACUUCCUCACAGAGCUAAGCACCACCAAAACCGUGGACGGGAAAUCCACCUUCCUCCACAUCCUGGCCAAAUCUCUGUGUCAACACUUCCCCGAGCUGCUCAACUUCUCCAGGGACCUGACCACGGUGCCUCUGGCGGCGAAAGUGCACCAGAGGGUCGUGACCACGGAGCUGAGCGACCUCCACGCCACCAUCCAGGACAUCAGGACGGCCUGCCAGAAGAUCACGCCCACCCCUGAGGACCACUUCGCCUCCGUCAUGAGCAGCUUCCUGGAGAACAGCCACCCGGCCGUCCAGUCUCUGGAGUCGCUGCAGAGCCGCGCCAUGGACGAGUUCUCCAAGACGGCCUCCUUCUUUGGCGAGGACAGCAAGUCCACCAGCACCGAGUCCUUCUUCGGCAUCUUCGCCGACUUCAUAUCCAAGUUCGAGAGAGCCCUGAAUGAGACGCAGAGCCCGGAAAACCCCCGCAGCCCCAGACUGUCCUCCCCCCUGGCCUGGUAGGAGCAGGAGCGGCCGACCGGCCGACUCUCCGCGACCAAAGUGCCAAGAUCGGGACCCGAGAGCACGUCGCCGUGGAAACGCCCCGCAUCCGUCCGUUUGACCGAGAGCCAGUUUACCGUUAAUCCAGGUGCUGAGUAGAGCAGCAGCGUUCAGCAGUCCACAGUCCUCACACACACUCACACACACACACACACACACAUACACACACACACACACACACACGUUUUUUAAUGCACUGCUCCGCUUCACGUCGACGCUCCAUCAGAGAGAUUUAAGCAAUGUGACGACCGGUCUGGAUAUUUACAGAUCACUUAUGUUUAUGAUACAACUAUAAAAGUUUAUAUUUUCUAUCAGAUCAUAUAUGAAACUUGUAAAGAUUAAGUGUAGAUGUAGUCUGAGGAGUUACUCGCUAGCCUGACAGCACGCCCACUUCCUCCCAUCAAGGUUUUUUUUGUUUUUUCUUCAUAGUUUUA